CUUUCACUGAGUCUCAAGAUAUACUUUUUAAUUAUUUUUUUUUUUCAAGAAUUUACCUGUUGGAAGAACCCCACCAGAAGAAAACUCCAAAAAUACAGAUUAAAAAUCCCAACUUUGAGUUCUUCUUUCAACAAUUUUAAGUUUCAGUGAAUCUCAAGAUGUAAUUUUUUUUCAAGAAUUCACCUUUUAGGAAAACCCCAUAAGAAGAAAACUCCAAAAACAGAUUCAAAAUCUCACCUAUUUUUUAGUUCUUUUCAACAUUUUUCAGUUUAUUACCUCACAAAAAUCAUUGAACAAGGAAGAGGGGAUUUAACAAAAAGUGGGAAAAAAAUGUCAUUUGUUUUAGGGGUUGUGUUUGGAAUAGCAUUUGGACUUGCUGUAAUAGUUGCUUUUGUGAAAUCUGAAAAUGCUGGAUCCAAACAACGUACUGAUCUGGCUAGUGGAAUUGCUGCAUUUGCUAGAAUGACAGUGGAAGAUUCAAGAAAAAUCUUUACACCAGAACAAUACCCUUCUUGGGUUGUUUUCUCAAAUCAACAAAAGGUGAAGUCUUUAACCUUUUUUUUAGGAUGUAUUUGGUAGGACGUAGAGGCGGAGUCAGA